AUGGGUUCCAUUUGGAAAGAAGGUGGAGCAGGUGCUGCCAACUAUGCCCAGUUCUGUGGUGAUGAGCCGGCGAAAUUCGGCUUUGAAGAAACCUUGGGGAUCGAAGAGUCCUCCAUUUCGAUUGUAGCAGAGACAGGCUUGGGCCUGGGGCUCACCAUUUGUUGUGAUGUGAACGCUUCUGGCUCCUUUUUCAAGGUUGACAAGAGUUUUCACGGGAUGAGAUUGAAACCAUUCUUUGGCACCAAGAGCGGUAAGGAGGGAGAGCUUCUUUGGCUUCUUGGUGGGAGGGCCUGCUGGGCGGCGGUUCUUUGGCACAGUUUUGGGCAUGGCUCUGUUCUGCUGGGAGAUGGGCGUGCAGAGAUGGGUUGUUGGGAUCAGUGA